AUGUUCGACGCACCGGUCUCCGGUGCCAGGCAAGACCUGUCGUUUGCAGACCAGCAAGAACUGUUGGCCUUCAUCGAAAAGCGCAACUGGUUCGAAGCCAAGCUGGAGUCUCUCAAGGCCCUCGCACCUGUGUAUCCCUUUGUGCAUCCGCAGCUCGUGCGCGAUCCACAAAGUACCGCAGGUUAUUCUCGCGCAGGCGCCGACAACUCGCCGUGGCGUUUACCUGACCGUGCCCAGCUGGCUGCUUGGGUUAGCGAGCGUAAUGCUCUUGAGGACGAGGUCGAUCGUUUCGACGACGGUGACAUGGAACGCAUGAAGGAGAAGACGCGACAGAUGACGCGUGUACCUCUUACCCAGCCGUCCACCGAUCUCGUCGAGGUCACUCUAGACCUUAUUUUGCUCAUUGACCAACUCCUCAUGGUGCUCCGACAACGAGGUUCAGUUCUGGACCUUGCGUCUCUUCGUCUUCAGUGGGACGACCUUCGCUUUGAGGCCAGCCGCGAAGCCGAGAGUGUCAAAUCCGAGAUUGACCAUGUCGUCGCGGAGGCCCAAGCGUGGAUACCAGGACAGAACGGACCCGACCGUCAUGACAAGCGCGGAGGUCUCAGGCACCAUGCGUCUGUGUCACGUCGGUUGAAUGCGUCGUCCAACAGCUCCUUGUCGGACGCCGCCGCCUCUGCCGCUACAACCCCGGUCACGCCCUCGCCAUCGUUGAACAACUUGCCUCCCUCGCCCGGAAACGAAGCUUCGCCGCCCAGAAAAGGCUCGGCGUCCCCUUCCAAGGUCGUUGGACCAAAGUCAGCCCUACACCUAUCCAUUCUCCGUUCACAGCUCAUCGGGCUUCAGACUCGCCACCGUAACUUCUCCUACACGUUGGUCAAGCGCAGCAGCGGUAUCUUGGACCGGAUGAUCGAUUCAGCUGGCCGACUCAAGGGUCUUGGAAGUACGGACGGUCCACACGAGGACAAGGAGGGAAGCGGCGGUGCUGUGCCUGAGGAGCUGAUCGACAUUCAAGAGUCGAUUGAGAACCAAACGAGAGACAUCGGACAACGUGUCAUGUGGUGUGGUCAGUUUGAAGACCAGUGCCGCCAGGCACAUCAGCAUUUCAUGGCCUCGACCCAGGCCCAGGCAGCCGCAGAUGACGUGCUGGGCGAGAUCGAAAAGGCCCUCGGCGAGCCGGCCUCCAGUACGCGUCAUGCCACUCUGGCAAAGCUCUACAAGGACGCAACCGUGGCGCUUCCCCCAGCUGUCGAUGCCACGUUUCCACAUCCAUCGCAUCCCGACUAUCCCUCCAAGGACGAACAUAAUGCUCUCAUCCUCGAUACGAUCAAGGCGACACGCCAAGGAGCCCAAGCACGGCUGGAUCUCGCUGGCCACGCGCUCGCUUUCUACGCCUCGUUGUUAAAGGCACGGGAAGCACUGCUUGCACAACAGAAACGUGUGCAGACUGUACGCAGACAGCUCGUUGAGGCAAUGGAUCGUUUGGAACAUGGUACCGUCCACGCCCCUCGACCUUCCGUAGGCGCUGUCGCCGACCAGGGAGGCGAGUGCACCCACUGGCUGCAAAACAUCCACGGGUGGUUGUCCGAAGGUGAUGAAGUGGUCCGCUCAGCAACCGACAUUCAUCAAUCGACCAUGCUCUGUGUCAUGCAGUACUGCAAGUCUCUCGUCAGUGCGCCAAUGGCAGUCAAGCCACUGCUUCCAAUCGAUGGGCUUCCUGACGACCUGCGACACGUGGUCGCCGACGACGCUGGCGACCUCGUGGCACAUGCCCAGCGAUGUGCCGAGCUCACUCGCCUUACCCGCACCGAUGCAGAGGUACUGCCCCUAGUGGUAUGCAUUCGGCAAGACUACCAGGACCUCACAGAAGAUGUUGAGUCCUUGUCUGGUGACAUCGUUCGCGCAGUUAAUCAGGCUGCAUGGUCGCCCCAGGCCCCCGAGUCGCAACACAUCCAUUUCGAGUACCAAAUGGCAAAAAUUAGCGAUCGCGUUCAAGCCGCCAACGAUGAUCUUGAGCGGCUCAAGGAUGUGGUUGGCUCCCAAUCCCAGGCAUUCACGCGCCUCACUGCCGAUGCUUCCCACAUCCGCGAUGGUAUCGCCGAGUCACAGCGUACUCUGGAUGUACUUGCACUGGUCGUUGGGCAGGCCGAGACUGUCCGUACGGUCCAGUGCACAGCUCAGGGGUUUCUGGCAUCUAUAGACGCCAUCCAUCAAACCAUGGCCGAUGAGCAACAAGCCACGGCUGGCUUCAUCACCCAACUCAAAAACGAAAUCAACGAAUGGAGCAGUGGGCUAGUUCGACAGGUCACUUUCAUCUCUGAACAACCGCCCCUUCUGGGUUCUGGCCCACUAGACCGUGGAGAAGUGCCAUUAACGCCGCCGCUCACGCCUGUGAACGACGCGUCUCCAGACACCUCUACGAUGCCCGAUUUUUCCACUCUCGAUAUCCGGGUGCGCAACGAGGUCAACCACCAAUCGACCAGAGUGUCAUCUGCUUUGGCUCACCUCGUUUCAUCUGCAGAACACGCUGCUUUCCAGCGCUGGGCCAGACCGGUUAUCGAAGCGACAUCGGCUCUGUCUACGACUUCGGACCGUCUGGCAGCUGUUCUCUCUGAUCUCAGGCACAGUGUUCUGAGUGCGAGGGCUGCAGAGGGCGAAGCCAGGCGAGAUCUCGCAGUGGAGGUACAGCGCACAGGCAACGAGUCACUGGCUCAGCUUGUCGUUGGGACUCAGUCAAUGAUUGCUACUCUCAACAAUGCCCUUGGCGCAGACGCAUCUGGACGCAUCGACAUGCAUCGCGCAGGUGACAUAUUUUCAUCAUCGGAUGUAGCACGCGAAACCGCCUUGGCCCACAUCAAUGAGGCGGAAGAAUGGAAAAAAGACUCCCGUCAACUCGUUAUGGAAGCCGAAACGAAGCUCCAAGCCAACCAGGACGACAUGGUUAUACAUGCCGGCGAUACUACAAUGGCCAUCAAGGACUUGGACGAGCAGCUGGAGGCAUUGGAGCUGGAGAACGUUGUUAACCCGUCACCUGUCGCUUUGCGUACAACACCAAAGCACCGCCGUCUGCCUAACUCGCGCAUCGCCCAGAAACUGGCCUCUACGUUCUGCAGUAUCAACCAGUCUGCCACAACAAUAGCACAAGCAAAGCCAAAGUCACCCGAGGUCAACCGCUUCCUCAACAAGCUCAAAAACGCGGCUAAACUUGUACCAGAGCUCGAUGGGCUAGCAGAGGUUUCGGAAGCAUCGGCCGCGUGCGACAAGGCCUUCAGCCGCCUCCUCGACGCGGUGGAUACACGGGUUGAAACUUCAGAAGCCGCUCAGGGGGAAGCUCAGGCGGCUGUCACGGCGUUCGAAAAGAUCGCGGAAACUCGCAUGUCUGAUGCUCGUGUUGCAGCUGAACACAAGCGCGUCACCCAUGCGUGGGCCGACCUCCGCAGUGUAGCCGAAAACGUCCCCCUGCCCAGCAAUGCCAGCAACGCCUCAGUCACGGGAAACGUGGUGUCUGAAAACGUGGUCACGAAAAAGAAGCCGAGGGCACGCAAAAUGUCCUCCGCCAUGCCCGGCAUGCGACCUACAUCAAUGGCACCACCUCCACCGCCAACAUCAAAUGUGUCUGAGCCUAUUCGUUCGCGAGUCGUGUCGGACACGCCAACCAAGGGACGACUCCGCUCUCGAGCGUCUGUGGACUCCGUGCAAACGACACCGCGGACUCCUCGACCGCGCCUGAGUGCCCCUCCUGCGCCAAUGUCGACUUCAAAGCCCCAUGGCUCAAAACCUUUUACACCGACAGUGCCACAGCCGUUCCAGCUUUCCAGCUCAUUCUCCAGUUCAUCGCGGCUGUCGCGGUCCACGUCAGGUCCAGUGGACAUGGUGACCCCAACCCGCAGUCGCCCCCGCCUCAGCGCGCCAGCGUAUACCCCAACACUGGUUCGAAGCCCCAGCUUGCAAAGAGCCAGGACAGCGAGGAGUAAAUUGGAUGAUGCGGUUGCCCAAGUUUUGGAUACUUUGGAUGUCGAUGUCCCCAUCGUUCCAGCCGGUCGUCAAUCCCCAGAUGAGUGGAAGGACGAGUCCGGCCGCUACUGGAUUGGAACUGGUGGGCGAGCUCGCCUGUGCUUCUGCCGCAUCUUGCGCUCGCGCACGGUCAUGGUCCGCGUCGGCGGUGGUUGGGUCGAGCUAUCCCGCUAUCUGCUAGACCGGUUUGCCGACGCACUGGCUGAGGAACCUGCGCAGUCGUCCAAGUCACCAGAAUGGAAGACUAUGCCGGUCGCCAUCACAAGUGCGACGUUGGCAGCUUCAGUUUCGCUUUCUGCCUCGGUCCGCUCUGACACUGGAGUCCCGCCGCGAACACCAGCCCGCCCACCACUCCCACCGACCUUGGAAGGUUCUCCACUGACCCUUUCCACGCCUGACCGCAACAAGGUUCUAGUGGCAAGUCCUGUCUCGGGUAAUGGAAGUCCCCUCAUUCCUGUUGUCAUUCGCAAGGCCAGCGAGAGCCCCAGUAUCCGCGAAAAAGAGCGCAAGCAGAUUCAACGACGACCCAGCUUCCUCUACGAGGCCAGCGCCCGUCCUUGA